AUGUCGUAUUUUGGGGAGUAUUUUUGGGGAGAGAAAAACCAUGGCUUUGAGGUCCUGUACCACAGCGUGAAGCAGGGGCCCAUCUCCACCAAGGAGCUGGCAGACUUCAUCCGGGAGAGGGCCACCAUCGAGGAGACCUACUCGAAGGCAAUGGCAAAACUUUCCAAGCUGGCCAGCAACGGGACCCCCAUGGGGACCUUUGCCCCGCUCUGGGAGGUCUUCCGAGUCUCCUCAGACAAGUUGGCACUCUGCCACUUGGAGCUGACGCGGAAGCUUCAGGAUCUCAUCAAGGAUGUGCUCCGCCACGGGGAGGAGCAGCUCAAGGCGCACAAGAAGUGCAAAGAGGAAGCGGUGGGCACGCUAGAUGCCAUACAGGUCCUCACGGGGGUCAGCCAGCUCCUGCCCAAGUCUCGCGAGAACUACCUGAACCGUUGCAUGGACCAGGAGAGGCUGCGGAGGGAGAGUGCUAACCAGAAGGAGAUGGACAAGGCGGAGACCAAGACCCGGAAGGCAGCAGAGAGCCUGCGGCGUUUGGUGGAGAAAUACAACUCAGCCCGUUCUGACUUUGAGCAGAAGAUGCUGGACUCAGCUCUGCGCUUCCAAGCCAUGGAAGAGACCCACCUGCGGCAAAUGAAGGCACUGAUGGGCUCUUACGCCCACUCAGUGGAGGACACCCAUGUGCAAAUUGGGCAGGUGCAUGAGGAGUUUAAGCAGAAUGUAGAAAACGUCAGUGUGGAGAUGCUGCUGAGGAAGUUUGCAGAGAGCAAAGGCACAGGCCGGGAGAAGCCUGGGCCUUUGGACUUUGAGGCGUACAGAGCGGCUACCCUGCAGGAAGCAAUGAAACGUUUGCGUGGAGCCAAGGCCUUUCGCCUCCCAGGACUGAGUCGGCGGGAGCGGGAGCCACCUACAGCUGUAGAUCCCCUGGAGCCUGAUAUAGGGACUUGUCCAGAGGUGGAUGAGGAAGGUUUCACCAUCAGACCCGAUGUCACCCAGAACAAUAUCCUCCUGGCGCCCUCUGGGGGCAGUUCAGAGCCCACCCACCUCUCAUCCAGCGACUCCGACUUUGAUGACGAGGAGCCCCGCAAGAUCUACGUGCACAUCAAGCCUGCCUCAGCCCGGGCCCCGCCCUGCAGCCCCAAGGCAGCUGCAGCCCAGCUCAAGGCCACAGCUGGCAGCCUCAUCCUCCCGCCUGGCCCCGGGGGCACCAUGAAACGCCAUUCUUCACGGGACACUGCCGGGAGACCACAGAGGCCUCAAUCCGCCCCCAGGGCCAGCAGCUGUGCGGAGAAGCUGCAAUCGGAUGAGCAGGUUUCCAAGAACCUCUUUGGGCCUACCCUAGAGUCCGCCUUGGACCACGAAGAUUUUACAGGCUCUAGCAGCCUCGGCUUCACCUCCAGUCCCUCGCCUUUCUCCUCCUCGUCUCCCGAGAACGUGGAGGACUCCGGACUGGACUCACCAUCCCACGCCGCACCGGGUCCCUCCCCGGAUUCCUGGGUCCCACGCCCCGGCACCCCACAGAGCCCACCUACUUGUAGGGUGUCACCCCCAGAAUCGAGGGGCACACAGUCCCUGCUGCCAUCAGACUCGCCACAGCCCCUUGCAGCGUCCCCGAGCCCCUGGGGGCCGGAGGCUGUGGCUGGAGGAGACUUGAUGCCUGUACCUGCUGACCUUGCAGUCAGGGAGGGUCUGGCAGCCCCAUCCCGGAGACCGCGCUCCAGGAAGGCAUCCUGUCCCCUCAUGCGCAGCAAUGGGGACCUGUCUCGUUCUCUGAGCCCCUCCCCACUGGGCUCUUCAGCUCCCAGCUCCAUCGCUGAACGGCCCAGCUUCUCGUCCCAGACAGGACAUGGAGUCUCCCGGGGUCCCAGCCCUGUGGUCCUGGGCUCCCAGGAUGCCCUGCCCGUGGCCACUGCCUUCACUGAGUACGUCCAUGCCUACUUCCGUGGCCACAGCCCCAGCUGCCUGGCUCGAGUAACUGGGGAGCUGACCAUGACCUUCCCUGCUGGCAUCGUGCGUGUGUUCAGUGGGACGCCACCCCCUCCUGUCCUCAGCUUCCGCCUCGUGCAUACAACCCCCAUUGAGCACUUCCAGCCCAAUGCUGACCUGCUCUUCAGCGAUCCUUCCCAGAGUGACCCGGAGACCAAAGACUUCUGGCUCAACAUGGCGACUCUGACUGAGACUCUGCAGCGCCAGGCAGAGCAGAAUCCAGCUGCCUCCUACUACAAUGUGGUGCUCCUGCGGUACCAGUUCUCCCGCCCCGGUCCCCAGUCCAUGCCUCUGCAGCUGAGCGCCCACUGGCAGUGUGGGCCGACCCUCACUCAGGUCUCGGUGGAGUACAGCUACCAACCCGGUGCCACAGCUGUGCCCACGCCGCUCACCAAUGUCCAGAUCCUGCUGCCCGUGGGGGAACCUGUGACCAAUGUCCGCCUGCAGCCGGCUGCCACCUGGAACCUGGAGGAGAAGCGGCUCCUAUGGAAGCUUCCAGAUGUGUCUGAGGCAGGGGGCUCUGGCCGCCUGUCUGCCAGCUGGGAGCCAUGCUCUGGGCCCAGCACGCCCAGCCCUGUGGCUGCUCAGUUCACCAGCGAGGGGGCCACUCUGUCCGGCGUGGACCUGGAGCUGGUGGGGAGUGGCUACCGCAUGUCACUGGUAAAGAGGAGGUUUGCCACAGGUAUGCCCGUGCCCUGUCACUGUGCAUCCCCAGAGCCAGGACCAGGCCCGGCUCUGAGUCCCACUCAUUGCUUCUGCUAG